AUGAAUGAUACCAUGAAGAUUGAAGUAGUAUCAAAAGAGUCCAUUAAACCCUCAUUUCCGACUCCCAAUAACGUCAAAACUCACACUUUAUCCAAUUUAGAUCAGCUUUUUCCUCCGUUGUAUGUUGAUCACCUCCUUUACUAUCCAAACUUGGAGACUAAUGACAGCACUAGCAGCCUUGGCGAUGAGGAGGACGGUAAGAACAUGAUCAUUUCAGUACCAUCUCGUCGUCGCUGUGAUGUUCUCAAGAAAUCUUUAGCUGAGACAUUAACCAGAUACUAUCCAUUGGCUGGAAGGAUAAAAGAUGAUAAAUCGGUUGAGUGUAAUGACGAGGGUGUGGAUUAUAUCGAGGCCAGAGUGGUUGGUAGUGUAGUCUCUCAAGUUAUACAACUCGCCAGUUCUGAUAUUGAGAUUAUGGAACCAUUCCUACCUUACGAGCCUUAUGGAGUGGCGUCGGCGCUUAGGCGAGGGGGACUACACUUGAACUCCAAAGCUCUCUUAAAAAUCCAAGUCAAUGUAUCUGAUUGUGGUGGAAUGGUUAUUUGUCUCUCCUACUCACACAAGAUAAUUGAUGCCUCUUCGUUCGCUAAUUUUGUGAAGGAUUGGACAGCAACAGCUCGCGCUAGUUCUGAUACUCACGAUGAUGAACUAAAGGUUGCAGCGGUUGAUAAGUCUUGUUACAUAUUUUCAUCCAUCUUCCCACCAGCAAAUUUCAGCCACCAAGAAGAAAAAGACUCUGCAGAAGUCCAAAUUAUACCUCAUAAAAUUGAGAUACUGACUAAAAGAUUUGUGUUCAAGGAUUCUAGUAUAGCCACACUUAAGAAAAAGUGCAUCCACGUAAACUCCAAUAACGGAUCAGAUCAGGUCGAUAGGCAAGAACAUAACAAGCAGCAGAUGCCGACACGAUUUGAAGCGUUAACAUCCUUUAUAUGGAUGUGUUUCAUGGAUGUGGAUCUUCGAUUCAAAGUAAGACAGAUAGACGAUGCUGUCAUCCCUGACAAUGCUGUAAAAGCUGUUUGUGAUCCCAAGCAGGUGCAGUACGUAGCAUCCUUUCCAAUAAAUUUGAGAACUAGGACGAUUCCGCCUUUGCCAGACAAUACUUUUGGGAAUAUGACUGAUAAUGCAAUUGUAGAAGUAUCCCGUAACCUAACCGGUAACAAUGGUUUUCAUGAUGAAAGGCAAUACUAUCCAGAAUUGGUGUCCAAGAUCAAGGAUUCCAUAAAGUUGGUCGACAAUGAGCACGUGAAAGCCAUGAAAAGCAACUUUGCAAUCUCAUGCAACCAUAUGAAGUUGCAUCAAAUGUUUAAGGAAGGGACAUCAAAUGAUGAUCAUAAGACGUUUUUAAUGUUCAGCAGUUGGUGUAGGUUCCCCAUAUAUGAAGCAAACUUUGGUUGGGGAAAACCCAGUUGGGCUAGCAUUUCUAAGCUACUUUAUAAAAAUUGUGUUAUGUUCAUCGAUACACCUUCAGGGGAUGGGAUAGAAGCCUGGGUAAGCUUGAAAGAGGAAGAUAUGGUUGAAUUUGAACGUCACGAAGAACUCCUUGCAUUGGCUUCUUAA